GAUUUUUUUUAUUCCCUACAACAGCACAUUUCACAACAUUACCAAGCAGGGACCUCAGAAAGUGAACCUAGACAGCAUCAAAGGCUCAGUGACAUCACAUAAGAAGAACAAAUUGCUAAACUUUGGAAUGGCUCUACCCUCCAUCAAUAAUGCCAUGUUGGAGGAGAUGGAUGACAUUUGGUUGGAGAUUCCUACUGAGGCUUUGAAUGCUAUUCUGGGAGACACUAAACAGGAAGUUAACCUGGGAGUAUUUUGGUUUGAGAAUGACAGCCUGUUCCCGGUGGAGGAAAACAACACUGAGCUCCUAAACAGUCGAGUGGUAUCCGUCGAUGUGGGAGAGGACAUCUCAGGCCUCAGUAACUAUAUGAAGAUCACGUUCCGCURCCAGAAUGCAUCAGUGGAAAAUAAAUCACUAGCAUGUGUGUUCUGGGAUCUUGAAAAUGAUACUGUUGCACAUUGGAAUUCCUCUGGAUGUGUCACUGAGACAAAGGAAAAUGAAACAGUGUGCUCUUGUAACCACCUUUCAUUCUUCGCUGUACUUAUGUCUCCGGGCAGUGMCUCCAGUGCCAGUCUGAGCUCCUCCUCUGUGUGGUUGCUGACGUUGUUGUCCAGGGUGGGCUGUGGAAUAUCCCUCUGUUUCCUGUGUCWGGCUCUCCUCAUCCACCUCAGACGGGGUAAAUCUGAUGAUUCCCUGUGCAUCCACAUCCACCUGUGCGUGGCGCUUCUGUGCCUCAACCUAACCUUCCUCAUCAACGACAGCCUAGSCUCUCUCAAUGUCCAUGGCCUGUGUGUUGCUACMGCAGCAGCCACCCACUACUCCCUGCUGUGCACCCUCACCUGGUUCUCCCUGGAAGGCUUCCACCUCUACCUGCUCAUCAUCCGGGUCUUCAACAUCCACGUCAACAGAUACCUCCUCAAACUGGGCCUGGUAGGAUGGGGAAUACCUGGCAUAGUAGUUAUCAUAAUUGUUGCUUGUGGCAAAUAUGGAGAAUACAGAAUAUACCAGCAAGAKGGUGGUGCUAUUCAAAUGUGCUGGCUGACUGACUCUACUCUGACCACGGUGUCCUUCUCGUACUUCGUGCUGACAUUCGCGGUGAACAUGCUGUGCUUUGGGUCUGUGACAGUGAAGGUGGUGAGGGCCCACCGUCAGAGUCCUGUCCUGAGGGAGAGGGGUAUGAACAGGGGGACAGUACUCAGUCUGCUGGGUCUGGCCUGGCUCCUGGGGGUCUCCUGGGGGGUCCUGCUCUUCCAGUUUGGUCCCCUYAYGGAGACAGCCUACUACAUCUUCUGCACCAUCAACUCUCUCCAUGGCCUCUUCCUCUUUCUACGCUAUUGGGCUUUAACUCGGCCAGAGAAGGCAUCUAUCUCCAUGGCAACCACUGUAUCUUCUUGAACUGAGAUGCAGCCAGUCCCCGACUAACACGGUUAAACCUUUUACUACUAAUACCACUGCUUCCAUUUUAUUACCACAGAAGCACAAUAUUUAAUAUGUUGGAUUAUAACUUUCACUACAGGCAAACCUAAACAUACAUUAUAAAGCGUAAUUACAAAAUUACAACUUGUUUCCAGGUUUGCACGUAAGCUUACUGUGCUKAUAAUACUUCUUUUUUUCCCAAAGUUGUGCUGUUUAUUGCACUUUUUGUGCAUUUUGUUGUAUUUUGUGACAUACCUUCCAUGCAUAUUCAGUUUUGAUGUGUAUAGUCCUAGGCAAACAG